AUGAAUAACCAGGGGUUCUCCCCUCCUCAGAACGCUGGCAAUCAAGACUUCAACCAGCGCGGAUUCCCACACUAUGGCCAUCAGCAGGGUCAAGGCCAUGGUAAGAGUAUUCAAUACCCUGGAGGCCAUUGUGGAAACUUGUCUUCCAACCGAGGCGUCAACCACCGCGCUUUCGGUUCUUUUGAUGGCCUGUCGGGCAAUCCUCAACCAAUCGAGGCUCCUACGCGUGCCGGUCCCUCGAGUGCACUCGUCACGCACACGUCGUCCACACCAAAUUACGUCCGUAGCCAGCGUUCUGACCAGUUGAACGAUCUAACCAGCGGCCCGGACCAACGUCCCGCCGCUACCAUCGCUCUUCGCGCCGACAACUUCCCCUUUGUCGAAGGUGCUCGUUACGAUUACAGCCCGUCCACCUAUGGUGUUGUCAAAAUCAAGAAUAUUCCCUUCGAUACCAACCGUGCGGAGAUCAUUGCCAUGUUGGGACGCAAUUCCAAGAUCAUCAACGACCGCCACGAGCCCGUUCACAUCAUCAUGGAGCGCGUUACCAACCGGACUGGUGAUGCGUAUGUCGAGUUCAUGACCAUGUACGACGCCGCACAGACCGUCGAGAAACACCAGCGAGCCAGUGCCCAAGGUCGGCCUCACCGGCUAGGUGAUCGCCCCGUCGAGAUGGAGCUCUCGAGCCAGGCAGCCCUCAUGAGGGACCUGUUUCCCAACGCCAGGGGCAUCCUCUGGGAUGGCGCCACGCCCCACAUCCAGCCGCUCAACCCUACCGAGCCUUGGCUAUCUUUCAAAGGAUUCAUCACCGAGGAGGAAAUGACUAUGCUCGUCAAGCAUGUCGAGGUUCCCCAGCGCUCUCCCUUCUCUCGAGACUGCCCGCAGCGCCCCUUCGAGUGCAUGAUCAGCACCAUGCGCAAGUUCCCUUGGUACAUGACCGACUGCAUCACCAUCAAGCAGCGCCAAUCGGUGUAUGCAGCCUGCGUCAACCUGCUGCGUCUCCUCCAGGAGGCCAUGGAGAAGAAGAAACAUGAGCAUGUCCUGAACAGCCAGCUGUACCGGCGCCUGUGGACGUCGGCCAUGAUCUGCCGCGGCUUCACCGUCACCAUGAAGGACAGCAUCAGCUACCUGGUGGGCCUGACCGACGAGGACAAGCGUGAGUUCAACAUGCCUCGCUUUGCCGAUCAGUGGGUGCACAUAUACACCCUCGUUCCCAAGCCAGGCACCCCUCUGGACGUGAUUGAGUGGUACAUUGCCAUCAUUCGCGAGGAGACCAAUCGCACCGUGGCGCAGUCCCUCCCCAACGUCCAGUCAGAGCUCCAGCGACAGGGCCGACAGACCUCCCUCUACUGGGGCUACCUGUGGAAGGAGGUUUCUCACCCUUACGGUCCUGGCUUCGACAAUAUGACCCUGGCCGAGAUGGCUCACCGCGAGUUCUCCGCCCUGUCCAACAUCCUCCGGCGUGCCCUCGACUAG